UGUUUAAGUCCUGGUUUAAUUAAGGGCAGAAGUUCUGCAAUAUUUGCAUUCACAUCAUGCCAUCAUCAAUUGCAGUGAUGAUUUUGACGAUUGUAGUAUGGGUGUGCAUGUUCAUCGCUGGUAGUAAACGAGAGAAGAAAACGCGAGGUGUUGUGUGUAAAGUUUGAGUAGAAUGUUUGUGAAGGAGCAGCAUGUCUAGUCUAGAAGGAUGCAUGGUCCAUUUGUUUAUGGAGCUCAUCUCCCACCAGACCGCCGAAGCUUUCUAAAUCCCGGGCACUUACCGCGUGAGAUGAAGCCGAAGGAACCGCUGCCGCUACUAGAUGAUCUCGAUCCGCACCAUAAAGUGCGGCGAGGUCCAGCCCACGCCACCGUCCGUCCUCUAGGCACACUGACAUGGCGAAGACGAUGGUGAUCAGCCUGGGUGGCUCGCGGCGGAGGAAGCGUGGCGAGGUGCUGUUCCGGUUCGACUCCUUCUGCCAGCCCGGCUACCCGGCGCAGCUCGCCGGCGCGUUCCGUGACAACGUCAGGACGCUGCUCGGGCUGGCGCACCUGGAGGCCGCCGCCCCGGGCGAGACCAGGUGCUGGUCGUUCCAGCUCGAGCUGCACCGCCACCCGCCCACCGUCGUCAGGCUCUUCGUCGUCGAGGAGGAGGUCGCCGCCUCGCCGCACCGCCAGUGCCACCUCUGCCGUGUUGUCGGUUGGGGUCGGCACCUGAUAUGCAGCAAGAGAUUCCACUUUGUGCUGCCGAAGAGGGAGUCCUCGGUGGAAACCGAUGGCCUGUGCUACGGGGUCAGCGGCCACGGCGGCGGCACCGAGAAGGCGUCGAAGGGGACGGCGACCUCCAGGGGCCACUUACUGCACGGCAUCGUGCACCUCAACGGCUACGGCCACCUCGUCGGCAUCCAUGGCUUCGAGGGCGGCUCCGACUUCGUCUCCGGCCACCAGAUCAUGGACCUCUGGGACCGCAUAUGCUCAGCCUUGCACGUAAGGAAGGUGAGCCUUGUCGACACGGCGAGGAAAGGGCACAUGGUACUGAGGCUUCUCCACGGCGUGGCCUACGGCGACACAUGGUUCGGGCGGUGGGGCUACCGGUACGGCCGGCCGAGCUACGGCGUGGCGCUACAGGCGUACCAGCAGUCCCUCCACGCGCUCCAGUCCGUCCCGCUCUGCGUGCUCCUGCCGCACCUCAGCUGCUUCACCCAGGACCUCCCCAUGCUGGUCACCAAGUACCAGGCCAUCAGCGGCCACAAGCUGCUCAACCUCGGCGACCUCCUCCGCUUCAUGCUCGACCUGCGCACGCGCCUCCCCGCCACCUCCGUCACGGCCAUGGACUACCGCGGCAUCAUGUCCGACGCGUCCUGCCGCUGGUCCGCCAAGCGCGUCGACAUGGCGGCCCGCGCCGUCGUCGACGCGCUCCGCCGCUCCUCCUCCGACGCGCGCUGGGUCACGCGGCAGGAGGUGCGCGACGCCGCGCGCGCCUACAUCGGCGACACGGGCCUCCUCGACUUCGUCCUCAAGUCCCUCGGCAACCACAUCGUCGGCAACUACGUGGUGCGCCGCGCCAUGAACCCCGUCACCAAGGUGCUCGAGUACUGCCUUGAGGACGUGUCCAGCGUGCUGCCGGCGGCCGCGCCGGGCGCCGGCGUGGCUACUCCGGGCCAGGGCAAGAUGAGGGUGCGGUUCCACCUCACCAGGGCGCAGCUCAUGAGGGACCUCGUGCACCUGUACCGACACGUGCUCAAGGAGCCCAGCCAGGCGCUCACCACCGGCGCCUUCGGCGCGAUCCCGGUGGCGGUGAGGAUGGUCCUGGACAUCAAGCACUUCGUCAAGGACUACCACGAAGGGAUCAUGGCCGCGACCAGCAACGGCGGAAUCGGACAUGUCUACGUCAGCCUGUGCUGCACCUUGGUCGUCAGGAACGGGGGCCCGGAGCUGGUUCCGCCGUACGAGACGGUCACCGUGCCGGCGCAUGCCACCGUGGGGGAGCUCAAGUGGGAGGUGCAGAGGCUGUUCAGGGACAUGUACCUCGCUCUCAGGACAUUCACGGCAGAGUCCGUCCUGGGGAUCGGCGCCGGCCAGGAUGCCAGCGCCGUGCUCGGCCUGAUCGGCGUCGGGAGCACCGUCGUGGUUGAAGGGGUGGUCGACGAGGAGCAGCAGCAGCAGGCCGAGGACGGUGACCUGAAAAAGGAAGCGCCGGCCAUCUGCGAGGGGAGCGGCGAUGUCGGAGAGAGGGUCGUCGACUGCGUGUGUGGCGCGGACGACGACGACGGCGAGCGCAUGGCCUGCUGCGACAUCUGCGAGGCGUGGCAGCACACGCGCUGCGCCGGGGUCGCGGACGCAGAGGACGUCCCGCACGUCUUCCUCUGCAGCCGGUGCGACAACGACGUGGUCUCCUUCCCGGCCUUGAGCUGCUAGAAACGGCUCCAUCCAAGCAUGCCCAGUACACCACAAUUGUUGCUAGUACCACCUCACCAAUGAUGUUGCUGCUAAUCUGCAUGUAUUCCUAUUAACUGUUCAUAUUGCUUUUUUUUUGCGAAUACAUUUUUUUCCUGGCGUUACGAAAUUGUAAUGAGUUUUAUCGCACUAACUCAUCAAUCGUAAUAACGGUGAAU